GACGAGGCUAGCACCUCCUCUUCUCUUCUACUUUUUAAAUAUUCAACUGUCAAAGCAGCCUAAAGAAGCUACCUAAUCAGUAUGAGCUUGCAAGAAGACACACAGAGAGCAGUGUCCACGCUAGGGCUGAGUGGCAUCCCUGAGGAGUGGGUAGACAAAGUGUGGGAGGACAACUUCUGUGAGAGUAUUGAGCUUCCCUCUGACCAGAUGCUCCUCCUCAAUAGUGAUGCUUGGAGGAGUCUGGCCCGCGCAUGUGCACAGUGGAGGACCAGGGGAACUGGAGACACUGACAGUGACACAGAUCAAGUUGCAGGAUUUUGGACGACCCUGGUGGAAGAGGGAGUGACGUAUCGUUCUCUGCUGGGGGUCCUCUUUGGCCUCCUGGAGAGAAACAAAACGGAGCCUAGUGACCGAGUGUGUGCCGUGUGUGCGGCCCUGGUCUACCUCUCACUACUGCAGCUGCCUGGCAGUGGAGCAUUCAAGAUAUUCCAUCCCAUGCUAUUCCAGAAGACACUGGACACGUUCUACCUCUAUCCUGACACUACUGUCACAGCCGUUAAAAGUGCCAAGGUGAGUGGGCGUGGUCGGAAGAGAAAAAGAGCAUGUGAUGAGAAUGGAGAGAGGCCAGAGGUCAUUGCCGGGGGAGAGGAACAAGUCAGAGAACUGCUGACUCAGCUCAUCACGGACCUCCAUUGCUACCUGGAGGACCACCCCCUCUCUGAGCACGAGGCUUGUCGCUAUCACCUCAUCCAGGUCUUGGUUCGUAUGACUCGUGCCGAUGCCCCCACACGCUCCACACUCACCAAGCACACCCUCACAUCCGCCCCCGACGAGGUCCCGGUCAGUGUAUGGGCGUGGCACUGUCUGACCACCCUCUGUCAGUCCAAACACGGAUCAGUGGAGAAGGUUGUCAGUGAGGUGUUCCGUCAGGUCCUGCCAAGUGUGCUGAUGAUGACAAGAGAGGGUGGGGUCACGACCUCUAGUCCCCUCCCCUCACACCUCACUGCAGCCUCAGGGGACGCACUCACUUUUAUAUGCCAUCUCAGUGCUGUGUAUGGUGCUGGUGUGUGUGGCCCUCUCAAGAACUUGGUUCAGCACAUCUGUACCAAGACUCCGGACAGAGCAGAGUAUAGGAGCAAGCUAGCCAGUGCCGUGUGUCGUCUGCUGGGCCUGUUCCCAGACAGAGAUUACUCACAGCUGCUGGACUGGGUCUACAAGCUCUCACGAAACACCAAGACCAGUUACAGAGUCUUCAUGCUUGACCUGGUCGGGGAGAUUGUGGAGAAACCGCUCAGGAAACCAAGUGAUGGUUUGGAGGGUGAGGAGGAGUACCGACUGACUCACGGCUUCCUCGUCAGAACCAUUCUCUCACGUUGCUCAGACAAGGCUCCGAGUGUGUGUGGUCGAGGGCUGUCUUGUCUGGCAUCAGCAGCUGGCAGUAGUUCCCAGGAGGUGGUGGAGGCCGUGAGGAGAACUGUCCAAUCACGUACAGUCAUGGAUCCUCUUCUGGCCACACCCAACAGUUCCAACGAGAGUGUUGUCGUGGCGAUGGUGCGUCGACGGACGACCCAUGACAAGGUUGGUGUGAGGAAGUCAGCUGUGCAAGCUUUGGAAGCCCUCAUCAGGAUGGAGCCAGGCACCAACAAGGAGGACCUUGAGGCUCUUCAUGCGCGGUGUCUAGACCCUGCCCUCUCUGUACGUAAGCAAGCUCUGGCCUCCCUCACAACACUGCUCCUGGAGAGGCAGGACACCACUCUCAUACACAGUUACUGGUUGGAUGGUGUGCUCCCGAUGGUCCUGGACAGGGAGGUCGGAGCACAGGAGAAGUGUCUGCAGUUACUGGAGGAGUUACUGCUCGCCAAUAUCACCAACAUCAACAAGUCUACAAGCCCUGCCCACUUGUUUGUAUGGCACCUGCUGGGUCUGAUAGCAUCAGGGGACCACCUGGACUGGAGACGUUAUCUGUGUCGUGCCCUGGAGCAUUGGUCGAGAGCGGGGAAGCUGACGGAGAAACUAGUGGCCGACGUCUGCUCUCACACACGCCACAGCGAUAGGGGACAUGUGGAGGCUAGCUGGAUGCUGCUGGCUGGAGUGUCAGAGUUCUCCUCUGCUGUGGAUGCUGGGUUCAUACUAGACAAUUGGAAACGUCGAAACUCAUUUAUUGCCACGGAUACAGGCAGCUCAUUGGUCCAAUUGCUGGUUGUCAUCGGUAACCAAGCCAGACAUCUGGGGAAGAUUGCCAUGGGGGAUGUUAAAGAGGACCUGGUUAUGUUGCUGGGAGGGUUCAAGUUGACACCUCCUGUGAUCCAGGCAACCAUGCACACUCUCUGUAAGAUAUGCACUGCCCUCACCACCAAGAAACAGAACCAGUCUACCCUGAAUGCGUGGUGUCUGCCUCUCCUCCACCGCUGCGAGGACUACCUCUCCACGCUGGUACGACAGCACAGGGACACACCCACCGGAGCAAGCACUAAUCUGAGUGACAAAUCAGAGCAGGAGGCUAUCCGCUACCUCUUCACACUCGGGGAAGUGGCUCAUGCAUGCCCUGAGCACACCUCUCACCAUGUUGGUCGUCUGGUGCAGUCCAUCCUGUUAGCCUCCUCUGAUCUGACUGGGGGUGAGAGGUCAGAGGUCGAUAGUGACGGGUUGUCAGGACUGGCAGGAUUGAAGUUCUCUCCCACUCUCAGAGGACACACCUACCUCACACUAGGGAAGCUGUGUUUGCAUAAUGAGGAGCUAACUAAGCAGAGUGUUGUCCAGAUGGCACAGGAGCUGGAGACCACACCACACCAAACCAUUCGCAACAACCUCAUCAUCAUUCUGUGUGACCUCACUGUCCGUUACUCUGCUAAGGUGGAUCCCUAUAUUGACACCAUCUCGGCUUGUCUCAAGGACCCAUCACUGAUGGUACGUCGCCAGACUCUCACUCUACUGGCCUGUCUACUACAAGAAGACUAUGUCAAAUGGCGAGGGUCGCUCUUCUUUCGUUUUGUGAGCAGUUUGGUCGACCCUGAGCUGAAGAGGUUCGGAGAGUUCUGUCUAGUCCACCUCCUCCUGGCCAGACAUCCCACCAUGUUUUAUCAGCACUUCAUUGAGUGUGUCUUCCACUUCAAUGGCUACGAGAAACAUAAGAUGUACAAUCGUUUCAAACAGAGCCAACGAGAGAAGGAGUUGUUUAGUCUGAGUGGGACUGGCCACGCCCACAAGAGACUCACCAUUUACACCUUUUUACUCUCUCACAUGGCUGAUGAGCAUCGCCUCCAUCUGAUUGGACGACUGUGUCAGGAGGUGCUGGGUGGUCUUGUUGAUGGAGCAAUCCCAUUGGACAAUGACAGUGUGGGUGUGGUCAAGGACACUCUGGCAAUCCUCGCAUGCAAGGAGAUCAAGCUAUCAUCUCUAAGACGGAAUGUUGGUGAGGAGUUGGCCGAGGAGGGAGACAAAGUGGGAGCAGCUGUAGCCACCGCACAGACCAAGUUUAUAUCACAGAUUGUCAAGAGGAAUGUGAUAGAGAACCUUGUUCCCGUGGUGAUAGCGACCAAACACCUACUGGAACGGAACCACUCCCCCCUCCUCAAGGACAUGCUGGCUUAUCUCAAGGAGCUCAUGCAAGACUAUCGUCACGAGAUCAGCGAGGUGCUGGCCUGUGACAAACAGCUGGCUGAGGAGAUUGAGUUCGACCUCAAGCGCUAUGAGGAGGAACAAAGAAAGACAGUGAAGACUCCAGCUGUCGUUACCCCUCAUGCUCAAAUGAGCUCUCCCUUGUUUUCUCCUACUGUUGUGGGUGGGGAAGUUGCCACGGUAACAGCAACCCCUCCGAAACUUCGGACCCCAGGUAGGAGAUCGGCAUGGAAACCAAAGACGACACCCACAAUGACAGCCAAACUGAAGACCCCAUUCAAAGUUCACAUGGCCAUGUCUCCACUGGUCAUGACUCAGCGUAAAGCUCCACAGCCUCACAACCACACCACCCCCCGUCACACCAAACACGCCCCCACACACACCCUCAUCAAGGACGUCUCCUCUCCUGCUGCCGCUAGAGCCAGAGCUAAGACAGUCAACAACUUUAACGGCAGUGUGAAGAAGCAGUCACACAUCCCCCUACAGAGGGCAGUGCUGCUCUCCACAGCUUGUAAGAAUGUUACUCACAGAGACAAUGGAUGUGCUCCAUUCACUGUGACUGACCCUGACCAGACACAACUACCUGGGAGGUCAGCCAGCACUCCUCAUGGUCUCCGUGAGUCCAUCUCCUUCAACGUGAGCUCGUUAGUGCCCCCCUCCCCCAUACCCCCAAACACCGCCCUCACUAGUUACACACCCUCACAAAACCUGGCCUUCAAAUCUGUCAACAUGGGUGUCUCCAUCAAUAUCACUAAGGUGGACUUGAGUGGGCAGGGGCACAAGAAGAGGCGUAGUGUGAGGGGUGUGGGUGUGAGGGCGGUAGGGCCAGUGAUGAAGCUUCGGAGAGAUGUGGACAUCUUAAUGACAUCACCCGACAAAGAGCCCAAGAAACUGAAAAAGUGGAAAGUGAAACUGAAGUAGAGUAUAGCUGUAGAUAGUACAUCAACUGUAAGAGCCAAUGUGCAUUAUAAAUAUAGUUACUCUUUUGUACUCAAUGUUCAUUCAUAAUUAUUCUGAUGGCUAUGACAUAA